UGGUUGACGAAUCGGCUUUGGAGGGGAGGCCGUUCUGACAGCGUUGUUCGGGCGGUCUUGGCUACCGUGGAUUCGGUGAAGUAUUUGUUUCGCAUAAACAUGUUUCUCCGAACAGCAGCCAAUUCCGGAACCGUAUGUUCCACGCCCUAAGUCGCAUGUUCGCCAAACUAGAAUCUGCAUUGCCCAUUCCUGGGGCGGACGACACUGUACGAUCGAACUGCGUCUCAGUAGGUACCUAAGUGCAGUGGUUCAUGUCAGCGGCUUCCUAGAUUCAACCACACUGCACCGCACUACACCACUAGUUCAAAGCGUGAUCCCGAAUAACAGCGAGGUGCCACGGUGCCAUUCGACUCGCAGCGCCCGUCGAGAUCGCAUCGCGCCCUAGCUCCUACCACCGUGCACCCCUCGCGGCGUUAUCGCUUCCAGUGCCCCCUGCGCCUCUCCCCACUCGCUUGGCCGCGCUGCACGUACUGCGAGGCGGACGGAGUCGCGGCCACGUAGGCCCCUAGCGGCACGUAGAGGCACGUAGCGGCGCGUAGCGUGGUGGUGGGAGGGCGCGCGGGCGGCGGGCAUGGCGGAGGAGGAGGAGCUGGCGAUGGGGUCGGACGACGAGGCGGACGCGGAGAGCCCCGAGGAGAUCCUCGGCAAGAUUCAGGACCGCUCGCAGCGCGUCAACCACUUCCUCUCCGAGGGUCGCGUGCCGGAGGCCCUCAAGGCGGCCGUGAGUGACCCGCCUAUCGCCACGCGCGACCAGACGUGCAAGGACGCCAACUGGGCAGUGGUACAGCGCGCGCUGGAGGCGGUGGAGGACGUGGAUGGGGCGAUAGCGGGGCUCAAGUCGGAGGGGUGCGACACACUCAUGCGGUACCUGUACCGCGCGCUGCGGACGGGCGAGGCGGCGCUGUGUGCGCGGGCGCUGCGGGUGCACGAGAAGCUGACGGAGAAGGCGGGGCUGGGCUGCAUCAUGCGCGUCAUGGCGGACCGCAAGCACACUGUGUAGCGCGUAGCGCACGCAGGUGCUUGAGAAUGCAUGGGUUGCUGUGAUGCGGUAUCAUGGUGUCAAACAUAUUUGUAUAUGUUACUAUAGCCUAGAUAGGGGCAUGCCUUAGAGAGUACAGCUCAUUAGGUCAAGACCACCCUGUACCCUUGUUGCUAGUUCAUUCCG